UCGACCAUAGUGCUCAUUCUCCAGUCCUUAUUCAAGGGCACGAUAUUUCUGAGAUGUCCACUGGCGCCGAAGAGUCAUUUACGAAUUUAACAGGCCACAUUGUGACACAUUUGGUUUCCCUAACUUUAUGAAGCAGUAUCUAACGUUAUUCAUGUAACAGACAUUUCAGUCUCGGCAUUUGUGAUUUGAAUAGCAAUCCGGAUUAGUAGGAUAAUCUAUGAAUGACAACAAUAUGGAUUCUGAUGAAGUUCAACAAACAGAUGACAGCACAGUAGAAGAACCAACAAGUAUUCCUAAUCAAAGGAUGACAAGACAUCAGAUCCUCACAUUGAUAUCAAUCGCAUCUGUCAACUUCAGCUCGAUGAUUUGUUACUCUAUACUGGGACCAUUCUUCCCCAAAGAGGCCGUGAAAAAAGGAGCCAGUCAGACUGUCAUUGGCCUUAUAUUUGGCUGCUAUGCUCUGUUUAAUCUGGUGGGCUCCGUAGUACUGGGUAAAUAUAUUGUUCAGAUCGGGGCAAAGUUCAUGCUAAUUUCAGGCUUAUUUGUGUCGUCAGUGUGCACCAUUCUCUUUGGCUUACUCGACAAAGUUCCUGACGGAGCUACUUUUAUUAUCCUGUGCUUUAUCAUAAGGUCUGUUGACGCUGUGGGCUUCAGUGCUGCAAUGACCUCUUCUUUUGCAGUUUCAACAAAAGUUUUCCCAAACAGUAUAGCAACUGUUCUGGGUAGUCUGGAGAUCUUUACAGGGCUGGGUCUUAUACUGGGACCACCAAUAGGUGGAUGGCUGUAUCAGUCGUUUGGAUACAAUGUUCCUUUCAUGGCUCUGGGAUGCUUCCUAUUUCUCAUGGUCCCCUUCAACAUGUACAUCUUACCAAGCUUUGCUGCUGAUCCUAGCAAGGACUCCUUCUUCAGGCUGUUCACGCGUCUGAAGAUAGUCCUCAUAUGCUUUGCCACAUUCACCCUGAGUUCUGGACUCGGCUUUCUAGAUGCGACCUUGUCCAUAUAUGCCAUUGAUACGUUUGACCUGUCUCCAGGUUAUGUGGGUCUUCUCUUGCUUGGUCUGUCGUUGCCUUACUGUCUAGCCUCACCUCUGCUUGGUAUCAUCAGUGACAGGUUUCCUUCCACGAGGCCGUGGUUCAUGGUGCUAGGAAGCUUGUUUACAGCGACUGGCUUCUGGUUCUUAGGUCCUGUCCCCAUUCUGCAAAUAAAGAGUCAGCUGUGGCUGGUGGUUUUCAUGCUGGGUAUCAUAGGAUUCUCUCUUAGCAUGACUGCCAUCCCUACCUUCCCUGAAAUACUCGACUGUGCAUAUGAAAAUGGAUUUGAGGAGGGGCUGAGCACUCUUGGACUGGUGUCUGGAUUGUUUGGAGCAGUGUGGUCCUUUGGGAUGUUUUGUGGUCCAACGCUCGGUGGCUUCAUCACACAACAGCUGAGCUUUGAGUGGGCUGCUUCUGUUCAAGGAGGCCUGGCCUUUCUAGCCGCUUUUUUUCUUGGUGUAUAUUUUCUCUGUCAAAGAACACGACAAGAAAGGGCUCCUCAAAUCCAGAUGAAAAGACCUUCCGAUGAAGCUACCCAUCUGCUGACCUGAACAACGAGCAUCUACCAGGAACAAUAAUUUAUAUUUUCUGCUGUGAGAAACUGGCCAAAUUAAGAUCCUACACCUGUAUAUGUACAUAGGUGCUAAACGUGGAAUGUAACUUGUAUUAAAAUAUACAACCUAAGAGGAUGAUACUACACAAGUUAUCAUUUGUUGUCAUAGCAUUAGCAAUCAUAACAGAAGCAGUUCCGUUUGCAUUAUGCCAAUACCAUAUAAGACCUGUGUAUAUAAUUACUUGAACUGUCAAGGACCUCAAAAAGCCGUGGUAAAGCUUUGGAACUAUUUGAAUUAGCUUUUAACAAACUAUUUUAAAACACCAUGUACUUCGGAGCAGGUGAAUGUUUCACAAAAUAAUGUUUACUUGACGAUAAUCAAAGUGCAUUUAUACAUAUCAGUUGGCUAUGUUAAAUAUGCCUCUCAUUCUCCAAUCUUCACAGCACCUGACAUGGGUUAUGUUUGAACAGUUAACCUCCUUUAUGGCUAUGUAGAUUGACCAUAUCGGUGACGGCAAGAAAAAAAUAUAUAUUUUCAAAUGGACCAAUCAAGCAAGUAUUGUAUGUCCACUUAUUAAGUGAUAUAAAAUGCAGUUCAUUCAAGGACACUAAUAUUUGAAUAUGUAACUAAUGUAAGCCUAGUCCUUUGUUGUAGUUACAUGCCAACUAUUUCCAAACCAUUGCUUUCGGAAGAAUGUUUCACAAAAUAAUUUUUACUUGACAACUCAAAGGGCGUUUUAACAGUAUCUGAUAUUGAAAUGCAGUACUAUGUAAAUGCCUUUCAUUUGCCAAUCUCUACGACAUGGAUGAUGUCUGAACAGUGGGGUCAGAACUCCAUACAUGGAGUGAUUUCAGUGCCAACAUUGUUUUUGAAUUAACAUAUUCAAUAUUUUUUCAUUUGUAAU